AUCAUCAUCAAAUUUGAUCGCUUAUCGCUUUACUACUCCUAACUUACUCUCCAGUCCUUCGCGCUGUCAGCACGUUCUCCAAUAUUCCACCAUGGCUCGCGUUCUCUCUAUCGCAGUUCUGGUCGUAGCGCUGUCCUGCGCCUUGUGCAUGUCCCACGCAGCUCCGGUGGUUCGCGACGGAACGCUUCAAUGGACGCUCAUCACCCAGGCCCUGCAGAAGGGAGGCCAGCACAGCACCUUCCUCUCCAUCGUUCAGAAGUCAGGUAUUACCAAAACGAUCACUGACUACCUCUCCACUACCCGCACCGGCUUCACCCUGUUCGUCCCCAGCAACGCGGCGUUCAAGGUCCAGAAGGCUUCUGUCCUGAAGCCGUGGGCGAAGAACCAGAACACGCUGCAGGACCUGAUCAAGUUCCACAUGCUCAACUUCCAGGCCCUCCCCACUCGGUUCGUGAAUGACAAGGUCGGCCAGGGCUACACCACCUUCCGCGGCACCAGCCUCAUCCAGAAGUUUCAGGGCGUCGGCAAGGUGAUCUCCCUGGGCCCGCAGUUCGCGCAGGAGGGAACUCAGCUCGCGAACAUCACUGCAAUGCCGUUCAAGGACGCCACCGCCAUCUGCUACGAGAUUAGCAACGUGCUGAUUCCCCUCAAGUAGACUGAGCAGGAGAGGAUUCACAUGCAGUCAGACACGGCUUGUCCCUCCCAUGUGGUUGGACACGACAGUGCGUGUUAGGCUUGACAUAAGGAUCUAAUACCUGUAGCACCGGUGCCAGACUUCAGUAGGGUAAUCCAUGUAGUGCCGCAGUCAGAGGCUAUUCAUGCAAUAAAGACUGCUGCAAAUAUUUUCACCACCCAGCAUAACCCUAGUGGCCUCAUGCUUACUACAUGAUCCAUGUUGAAUAUCUAGCAUCCAUGUUGUGCAAGAAUUUUAUGUCAUUUGUAUCUUAGCGUAUAGCUAGCCAUGGUUGUAAACCUAUGGUAGUUGACUUUUAAAU